AUGCUUGAGUUAACGGCUGGUCCUAAUCCCGUUCCAGAUUUUGAAGAGGCACUUCGAGUAAUUAAAUUAGAUGAAACCCAUUAUGUUGGGGCGCAUCCAUUGAGAUUACCAGUUACAGGAGGAAGAGGUGUAUAUGGUGGUCAUUUGAUUGCACAGUCUUUACUUGUGGCUAUAGAAUCUACACGAGACUCAACAACUAAUCAAGUUUUUAUUCCAGAUUCUUAUCAUCUGUAUUUUAUCAAUGCCGGUAAUGCCAAAACUCCAAUGAAUUAUACAGUAACCAAAUUGUAUGAUGAUUCAAUUUCAAGUAAACGUUUUAUUGUUGUUCAACAAAACGGUAAAAAUCGUUUAACCUGUUUAGUCAAUUUAAGAAAGCCCGGCACAAAAACAUUACACCAAGAAGGAUCCGGACCAAACAUUAGUAUCCCCGUUCCACCAAUACAACUAAAAUAUCCAAACCCCGAUGAAUUACAUCAAGUACAACAUACAGAUUUUGUUAGAAAUGCAUUUGGCAAAGAGUUUAUUGAUUAUCGAGAAUGUCCUGAGGAAAAAGACCAGUACGCUGCGGAACGGUGGUUAACGGUAUUCACUGGGUUAAGAAACCAUGCCGAGCCAGGUGCUUCACUUGAAGCAGUUACAGAAGAAUUACCAGAUGCCAGUGGGAAAAUUCAUAAAGUGGAGAAAGUGAUAUUGCGACCAAAAGAUUCUCAAUCUGUAAGGGAUCCAAUUUACAAUUAUGUGGGUUUAGCUGAUUUAUCCGAUUCUGCAUUUCUUACAACAAUGGCAAGAAUUUUGCAUAUUCCUUGGGCUCCAUCAUUGGAAAUAGAUGAAACGUACGACGAAAGUAGAGAUGCCACAUAUAUAAUGAGGACUACUUUAAAUGCUGCUCAUAUUUUCCAUUAUAACGCAAUGUCGUUAGACCAUCACAUAUAUUUCCAUAACCAAGAUUAUACACCUGAUGAUGAUUCCAAUUUUGAUAUUUGCAAAGAUUGGUUGGCAUUCACAUAUCAAAUGAAAAGACUCUCAAAUAAUAGAACACUAGUUCGUGGGUUUCUCUUUAAUGAAAAACAUAAAUGCAUUGCAACAGUGGUUCAGGAAGGACUAACCAUUGUUUAUAAUGGUGUUGGUAACACAGCAGAUAAAUCGCGUUUAUAG